AUGAGUUCGUUAUUUUCGAACGUCGACAUUGCGCCGCCGAUUGAAGUUUUUUUCAUGAAUAAAAUGUAUUUGGAUGAAAAAGAUCCGCGAAAAGUGAAUUUAACUAUUGGAGCAUAUCGUACUGAAGAUGGUGAACCGUGGGUACUGCCUGUCGUUCGAGAAGCAGAAAAAAAGUUAGCUGAAGAUUUAAAAAUAAAUCAUGAAUAUUUGCCGGUUUUGGGUAAUGAAACAUUUUGUAACGCUGCUGUUGAGUUGGUUCUUGGUGCUGAUUCGCCAGCAAUUAAAGCUUCAAAGGUGGCAGGUGUGCAGUGUUUGUCUGGUACGGGAUCACUUAAAGCUGGAGCGGAUUUUCUGCACAUUGUUUCUAAGUUGAAUAUCGUUUAUAUUUCGAAACCAACAUGGGGCAAUCAUAAGUUGUUGUUGCAAAGAGCUGGUUUUACUGACAUUCGAGAAUAUAGAUAUUGGGAUGCAGUCGGUCGAUGUGUCGAUAUAGAAGCAUUCGCUGCAGAUUUAGAAUCUGCUUCUGAAAGAUCAAUAAUUAUUUUACAUGGAUGUGCGCAUAAUCCCACUGGCAUGGAUCCGACUCAUGAUCAGUGGAAACUUAUCGCUCAAAUUAUUAAAAAGAAAAAUCUAUUUCCAUUUUUCGACUUGGCAUAUCAGGGAUUUGCGAGUGGAGAUUUGGAUGCUGACUCAUGGCCAAUUCGUUAUUUUGUUGAACAAAAUAUAGAACUGUUUGUCGCUCAAUCUUUUGCCAAAAAUUUUGGCCUUUAUAAUGAAAGAAUUGGAAAUUUGACGGUUGUAGUUAAUGAUCCGUCAGUGCUUCCUGCUUUUAAAUCUCAGAUGUCUUUGGUGAUUCGAGCGAAUUGGUCCAAUCCCCCAAGUCAUGGUUCGAGGAUUGUAGCUAUGAUACUUACAACACCUGCAAUGCGUCAACAGUGGCUUGACUCUAUGAAGGUAAAACCGUACAGUUAUGGGACAGUUAAUUUUCAAUAA